GAGAGAGAGAGAGAUUCUGCAACUUUGUCUUGUACUAGCUAGCUUCAAUGGGGAUCAGCAGAGAGAAUGAUCAGAAAGCAGACCUGGAAAUUGGUCUUUCACUGAAGAUUGAUCAUCCUUCUAAAUCAGAACAAGAAGAAGAAGAUGACGACAACCACGACGAAGACGAGAAUAUCCAAGAAGCAUCAGCAUCAUUAGCAGCAGCAGAUGAAGAAGAAGAAGAAGAAGAAGAAGAAGAAGAAGAAGAAGAAGAAGAAGAAAUCAAACAGGAUGAUAUUGAAGAAGAACAGAAAGCGGCUGCAGGUGAAGUGGAUGAUGAUGCCUCAAUAGUACUGGAGUCUUUGCAUGAGAAUAACAUGAAGACAGAUCAGGAGUUAUACGCUUUGCAAAUGGAAAUGAGUCGCAUGAAAGAAGAAAACAAGGUUUUGAGGAAGGUCGUGGAGCAAACCAAGAAGGAUUAUUACGAUCUUCAAAUGAAAUUCACUGCUGUCCAUCAGAAUAGCCAAACCAAUAAGGAUCCUCAUACAUUUCUAUCGCUUCAUGGCAAUGAUCAUGAAGAAGCUGAUCCUCCAAAAAGUAGUAUUCCCAAGACGUUGGAUCUUCGUCGUCAUAGAUCUCCAUCACCGCCGGCACGUGAGGCUGAUGAUAUUAUCAGAGAGAGUCAACUAGGGUUGUCACUGAGGCUACAAACCAACGAAUUUAGGGAUCAAAGAGAAGAUCACGAUGAUAUCCAAGAACGUAACAAGGAAGAAUUGACGAGUAGUAGUCUCACAUCAUCAGUGCAACACAAGCUGCAGCGGACCGAUUUGGCCGGAAUUACUAGCCAUGCCGCCCAAGCCAACAGAAAAGCUAGGGUUUCAGUUAGAGCAAGAUGUGAAUCUGCCACAAUGAAUGAUGGGUGUCAAUGGAGGAAAUAUGGGCAGAAAAUCGCGAAAGGAAAUCCUUGCCCCAGAGCCUAUUACCGUUGCACAGUAGCUCCUGGAUGCCCUGUUAGAAAACAGGUUCAAAGAUGCCUAGAGGACAUGUCCAUACUGAUAACAACCUACGAAGGAACACAUAAUCAUCCACUUCCAGUUGGUGCAACUGCCAUGGCUUCCACAGCUUCUGCAGCAGCUGCUUCCUUUAUGUUACUAGAUUCAAGCAAUCACCAUCUCUCAGAUGGAACAUUACCCUCCUCUAAUUUCAUGACCCAAUCCUCCCUCCCUUCCAAUAAUUACUACAACACUCCUCACCCCAUGUUAAACAACCAAUACCCCUCUUCAAUAUCUCAUCAAUUUUCCUCCCCAUCCAACUUCAGAACCCUAAGUUCCCUUCAUCAUCAGCCUCAUCAUCAUGACCCUUCGAAAGGAAUUGUGCUCGACCUCACGAACAACUUCGCUGAUACUAGUACUAGUACAACUGCUAUGGCUUCAGCUGGCUCUUCCUCCCACUCAUCUGCACCGCCGGGGUUUAACAAUUGGAUGAGUAGCAAACCUGCAAAAUAUAACGCUGGUAACAGUACUACUAUGAUGAUGGGCAACCAUCAUCUGCUGGGUAACAGUAGGAGGACGCCUGGGGAAGAAAAUAAUAUGACGUCCUCCAGCUCGGCAUUAAUGGCUGAAAAUGUGAGUGCCAUUGCUUCAGAUCCUAAAUUUAGGGUUGCUGUUGCAGCUGCUAUUACAUCUCUCAUUAAUAGUAAAGAGAAUAAUACAACUCAUUAUCCUACUCCUAACAAUCAUAAUAAUUUUGGUCCAAAGCAGGGAUAAUGGAGAGAAAGGUG